AACGAAGAAAAUUACUAAAUUGGCUACUAACCUCAAAAAAUUAAAAAUAAAAUAGUGAACAUUGUGAACAAUAGUGAAAAUAUGAACAUUUAUUGAAAAUGUUUAAACAAAUAUUGUAUUCAGCUGCACGAGUAGCUUCAAUAUCGGUAAAAUCCAACUCACAAUUAUUAACUCAAACUGUAAUAAGACCUAGUUGUAUUCAUCCAGUAAUCACCAGAAGUUUUACUUCUAUACUAGGCAAUGGACCAACCAUAGCUCCUAAACUGCUUUUCAAAACCCCGAGCCCAUCAUUGGUAAACACCGCUAAAAGGACAGUUACAAAAUUUUCAUUUCAGCAAGGCAAGAGAAAGACUGUGAAGACUGUAUUACGAAGAUUUUAUAGGCUUCAUUGGGGAGGUUGGAUACGUACCAAAUGUGGUCGUCACAAAAAAUUGUGGAGGAAAAGUCCCCCUAGAAAGCGCAGGCUGCGGCAACAUGUUUUUUGCAAUGCUACCCAAUGUACUUUGCUGGAUAAGAUGGUUGCCCCGUACUGGAGAAAACCUAAGUACUAUGUGAAUGAUCCUUAUGAACCUUUUCAUUCAAGAGAAGAGUGGAAGUUUACAAAACUUAAACCUAGACCAUAUUUUCCCCCUGAAGAAGAAGCUAAAUAAUUAUUAUUUUGUUUAUAUUAGUAAUUUACCAAAUAAAAUUUAAAAACUUGAA